CAAAAGUUUGUCAUAACUCAGACGCUAAACAUGCAUUUGCCAAAACGACAGUGCGCGGGCUGGAGUUCUUUUAUUCGAUAGCUCUCAAGUUCUUGUAGUGGAGGUUUAGUGUAUGAUUUCCCACACAUUUCGUCAGUGUUAUUAAUCCUCCACCUACUACUGUGAUUCUUCUUCUACGACCGAGUGCAUCCAAAACCUCGCAAUUAUUAUUUGGUUGAUUAGAUCAGCCAAAGCCCAACUUUGACCGGAUAAUUCAGAUUGUUGGGAUCGCAGACAGACGAUUUUUAGCCAAUUAUUUUGCUGGUUAUAGCAGAGUGAGGCCAUAUCCAGGACAAGGACAAGCAAUUGCCACCACCAGCUUUUGUUGUUGCAACUCUAGUGUUAUCUGAUUCCUCCCCACCAAGUCUUUAGAAAAAAACGACUUUUAUUGCCCUUGCAUCCAAAGCAUAUUCAUGUUUUUGUGCCAUAUCUAACAGCUCAGUGAAAGUUGGGAGCUGAUUCAGAUUCAACUUUGACAGAUUUACAACUCUGAUUGCUUGGGGAAAUGAGUUUUCCUGAGUUGUUCAGGUGCCCAAUUGGCCUCGAUUUGUUCACUGAUCCAGUGGCUCUCAGCACGGGCCAGACUUAUGAUCGGGUGAACAUCGAGAAGUGGCUUGCCUAUGGCAACUUGACCUGCCCCGUAACAAUGCAGAGGCUGUCUGACACAUCCUUAGUUCCCAACCACACCCUCAGGCAUUUGAUCGAGCAGUGGCUCCUUGCAAAUUCUGCCGUGUUUACUACUGUCCCAAUGAAAAGCACGGAUGUAACACUAUCUGCGCUCAAGCACAACCUCCAAUCCAGAGAAUCCACCACUGUGACAAAGCUGGAAACACUUCGAAUUAUCAAACUUCUGUCUUCGGAGUCGAGCGCAAGGCAGGCUAGUUUGGUUCGAGAGGGCUUGUUUGAGCUGCUGCUGCAAGUGCUCUUCCAGUUUCCAAUGGCAGAGGAUGCUGAGAUCGUAGAGCUUGCUCUCGAUGGACUUCUCAAUCUAAGUCCUUCGAGAGACUUGGAGUCUGUGAACAUGUUGAGGGAUGAAUCAAACUUGGUUCAACUAGUGUUUUUACUAGAAGAAGGGAAUUCCAGAGUGAAGACCAGAUUGUGUUGCCUGUUGGAGGCAAUCGCAUCGUGUAGUUUGGCACGUGAGCUGUGUCUCGUCCUAGGAAGAAGGGAAAGGCUACUCCAAGUGCUGGUCUCUCUUCUGCUCGACAAAUCUGAAUUCCGAGGGCUAACGGAGGCUGCCCUCAGGGCAAUCUGCGGCCUGUGCUCACUCGAAGCUAACAGGAACACUGCGAUCAGAGAAGGCGCCAUGGACGGCCUCGUUGGUUACCUUUCAAGCGCGAUCUAUGCUUCGCGUUCACGGAACCCGAACGCGAGUUUAGCUCUGGCUACGCUCGAGCAACUUCUGGCGCUGGAAGUUGGCAAGAGGAGGAUGAGCAAGAUGGAGAACGGGGUGAUGGUGCUGGUGAAGAUGGUGUUCAGGGUGCCCUGUGAUAAGGGGUGCAGUGAGCAUGCCGUUGGGGCGCUGCUGCUGCUGUGCAAUGAUUCGGCCAAAGCAAGAACGGAUGCCAUUAACGCCGGGGUGUUGACGCAGCUGCUGCUGCUGCUGCAGAGCCAGAGCGGCGAGCAGGUCAAGUCCAAGGCCAGAGCUCUGCUGAAGCUACUGAGAGCCAAGUGGGCGAAGGACCAAGGAGGACUGUGAGCUCGAACACGCAUGUGCAUGCGGUAGGAAAAGAUCUGUAUCAAUCGGUGCUGUGAUUUUCCUUUUUUAUAUAUAUCAUCAUCAUCAUGCAGGCAAUUCGUUGUCAUAUUGUGCCAUGAGUGAUCUUUGAUGUUU